AUGAUCUUUGAUGUUAGCUCUCUACGCGUCAAGAAGCAAAGCAAGAUGCAGCCUUCUUGCCUUUUUUUUCUGGUUUUGCUGGCCAUUCUCGCAUUUCUAGCAUUGGAUGUCGCCGCGUCUACUGCUUCGAUUCGCGCCGCACCCUACCAAGGAGUAUUCUUUUACUACCUCUAUCGAUUGGAUCAUAUGGCUUCUGGUUCUAGUCCUGGAAAUGUGGCCCAGGAUGUGGUGGGGAAAUCCACGGAAUGGAAAGGUACAACAGUGUCGGGUGAACAUGCCUUUCCGGAUCCAGAGGAGGCAGCGAAAGAGCUCAGAGACUCGGGGUACAAAGGCGCCUUUCAGGCUCUCGUUCUAUUUCCAAAUUCGGGCGUGCCAAAAGACGCUGGGCCACUCCUCUUCGCGGAUUAUAUUCCAGGCUUCGUGACCAAUAUCCGCGCUAAGAUCAAGAACAGAAAGCUUGACGAUUCACACAUAAUCGAGCCCUUGAAGAAGCUCACAAAACAAGUCCAAUAUGCCCGAAUGGCAGAUUUUGAUGUUGGAUUGGACAAGUGGUGGAAGGAGAAAGAUGAAGGCUUGACUCUCAUUACGCGCGAGGAACCUCUGUCUGGAGACGACGCAAAAAGCCUACGAGUUAUCGACGCCGAGGAAACUUUGAGAGUUAACGAAGGCAAAAACGCACAAGUCCGAGGAAAAAUUCGAGCCUUCAUAAAUGACUACACAGGAAAGAACGAAAAGAAAAGAACUGCAGUGGAAUGGAGACACGUCGCUCUCAUUCAGAAGUUCUCCCAGAUUACCGAUGCACUUCACAGGCCUUGCCAGGACUAG